GUGGAAAAGCGAAUGCGCCUGCGUAUCCAGACGUGGCAACGGCAUCAUGGCCUCUUGGAAUCGCUACGGGAGUCGGAUGAGAGAGGCGAAAAUGUUAACGUUGGUGUUGCUGGUGUGGCUCCUGUCGGUGCUGGAGGCAGUGAAGGUGUCUCCUCUCAUAGAGAAAGUCAGUGACCACAAAGACUUCAAGAAGCUGCUCAGGACGAGAACAAAUGUUCUGGUGCUCUACACGGAAACAGCUACAUCAGGGGACUCCCACCUGAAACUGCUUUCUGAUGUCGCCCAGACGGUGAAGGGCCAAGGGACUAUCGCCUGGGUCAACUGUGGAGAUUCAGAGGGCCGGAAGCUGUGUAAGAAAGUGAAGGUGGACCCGAGCUCCAAACGUGGAAGAGCAGAGCUGCUGCAUUACAAAGAUGGGACAUUCCACACGGAGUACAGCAGGCCUGCUACUUUCAAGUCGAUGGUAGCGUUUUUGAAAGACCCAUCGGGGCCCCCACUGUGGGAGGAGAACCCUGAGGCUAAAGAUGUCGUCCACAUAGAGACAGAAAAAGACUUCAGGAAGCUGCUGAAGAAAGAAGAGAGGCCGGUCCUCAUGAUGUUCUAUGCUCCCUGGUGCGGUGUUUGUAAGAGAAUGCAGCCCAUUUUUCAGCAAGCGGCCACGGAGACAAAAGGGAAAUAUGUCCUAGCAGGAAUGAAUGUGCACCCAGCUGAGUUCGACGGCCUCAAGCAGGAGUACGGCGUCAAAGGCUACCCAACCUUCUGCUACUUUGAGAAGGGGAAGUUCCUUCACCACUACGAGAACUACGGCGCCACAGCCAAGGACAUCGCAGACUGGUUGAAGAAUCCUCAGCCCCCCCAGCCGAAGACCCCUGAAGUCCCCUGGUCAGAGACAGACUCUGCGGUCUUCCACCUGUCCGAUGAGUCCUUUGACAGCUUCCUGGAGGAACAUCCUGCUGCCCUGGUCAUGUUUUACGCCCCUUGGUGUGGCCACUGCAAGAAAAUGAAGCCAGAGUACGAUGAAGCUGCUGAAAUACUCAACAAGGGUGCAGAUAGUCCGGGUGUUUUGGCAGCAGUGGAUGCCACGGUGCAUAAGGCUGUGUCGGAUCGCUUCAAGAUCUCUGGUUUCCCAACGGUUAAGUACUUCGAGAAAGGUGAAGAGAAGUACACACUGCCACAGCUGCGAAACAAAGACAAGAUCAUCGAGUUCAUGCACAACCCACAGGCGCCUCCUCCACCGGAGCAGUCUUGGGAGGAGAAACCCUCCAGCGUCAGCCAUCUUGGGUCGGAGGAUUUCCGAGAGGCUCUGAAGAAGAAAAAGCACGCUCUGGUCAUGUUCUACGCUCCCUGGUGUCCACACUGUAAAAACGCUGUCCCCCACUUCACCACCGCAGCAGAGCUCUUCAAAGAGGAUCGCAAGAUCGUGUACGCAGCUGUGGACUGCACUAAAGGACAGAACCACGAGCUUUGCAAGCAGGAAGGGGUGGAGGGCUACCCAACAUUCAACUACUACAACUAUGGCAAGUUUGUGGAGAAGUACAAUGGAGAUCGAGGGGAGGCAGGCUUCACGGGUUUCAUGCGCAGCUUAAGAGGACGCGACCAGGAGAAGGUUGUCAAGCGGAAGGAGGAGCUCUGAGAGAAGCAUGCGGGGAGUGGGGGGGCGGCGUGGGGUGGGGGGGCAAUGCACUGUGACCCUUGAGCCUGGCAAAGGGCCCUUUCAGCACUGACGGGGGAGACUCGACAACCUCAGCGAAAGGCUAUUUUUUUUUAUACCGUGGUGACUCCGUUUGUAAUAAUACCAGAGUACUUGCUGUCAGACCAACCACUUGAGACUCGUGUUUUUCACGGAUGUUCUGAUGGGAAGAAAAUACACAGACGAGGAAAAAAAGAAAAGGUUUUCUUGUUUUUGCCCAACCACUGUGACUGAAUAUGUGAAAAGCUACACCCUAUACUGUAUCUAUGCAAUACUGCCCCAUGCUUAGCUCUGCAGGGGUUUGUGUGACUGUCAGACCACCAUGGUGGUGGACCGGUGGUGGGCAUCAGUAUCUAACGGUGGAGGUUGCACUGUCCCAAUGGGUCCUAAUCCAGCCCCAUCAACCCUGUUCUGUCUCUAAAAGAGACAAAUGCUGAUUAUUGACAUACACCUUUUGGUUUCAGUGAUUUGGGGGUUUUUUAACUUUUUUUUUUUUGUUUGUUUGUUUGUUCUUCUUGUUCUUGUUGUUGUACAGAACCUUCACGUCUGCAGAACAAUUUGAAAUAUUGAUUAUUUUUUCACAUCAUUUGGAAAGUAACGGCAUUUUAACACCACCACUAAAAAAAAAAAAGAAAAGAACCUAAAGCUUGUACAGUAAAAUGUGAGGUGCUCCAGUGAGUAGUGUAGGUUUGUUAAAUUGGUGAAAUCACAGCUAAAGGAUCAGUAUUCUGUGUGGAUGUGGACUAUCAUGAUUGAUUUUUGCUUUUAGAAAGGAGUUUUUGUUUGCCCCCAAACUGUGGCCUUACAGAUAUAAAAAUAUAAAAUGUCUGGAAUUGCAGAAAUAUAAUAAGUGGAAGAGAUUCAGAGGCCUGGUGCCCUUGUAACUCUCUCAUGAAAUGACCAAGUAAAGGAGAAUGAGGGUGGGGGAAAGGGAACACAACAGAACAUGAAAUGCCAAAUAUUACUGCAAGCUGCCCUUCAGAGUUUCACAGUUCAUACUUUUCCAAAUCUUAUUAUUAAUCUUAUCAUUCACAGCUGGAGUGACUUUACCUCUUGCUCCUUCAUUAAUUGUUAAUAAUGGGAGAGUUCAUUGACACAAGCAUGGGAGAUGCUCACAUCUGGUGUCUGAAUAGUCUAUGUGAUCAACAAACAUCCAAAACAUGAGUCUUACCUCCGUCCACUGAAGUAAUCACAGAUUCCGCUCAAUAUCCCACAAAUCCCCUCUGUAUUCACACUCUACUGGAAUAUCUCAGACCUCUGAUUUACACUUUGGGCAUUCAGUUUUUUUGCGUGUUUUUGUCUGUAACCAAUCUCUUUCAUCACUGGUGUUUCUGCUACUUCCUGUUUAACUGAAACUCACAGAGGAGUCGAGCGCAAAAGACGGCUUUCCGAAAUCUUUCCCGUUUCCCUUCUUCUGAGUACGCGUCUACUUGAAGCGCCUCGGCCUGGAAUGGUUCGGCUUCAGUCAGCUUGGAUAGUGCUCUCCCAUGCUUUCCUUCAUAUUUAAAACGGAUGACUUCACGAGACGCCCAAGGAAUAAUUAACUGUUAAGUAAAGUCUCCAGAGCCUCUUCCAGUUCUCGCAGCAUAACACCAUCUAUUCGGGGGCCAGAGUCAUUACCUUCUGUGAUACGUUUUUUUUUUU